CCACCUGCCACUUUGGUCUUAUCAGCUUGAAGGCUUUUCUUGUGUAACUGUGCAGACGGUCCCGCAGGGUUGGAAAGCAGGCAAACGGCGUAUGAAGGCAUGCAGAGAUAAGGCGCAGUACAGGAUAUCCAUGGAUUUAAUCUCGGCUGCAUGAAGAUGCUCGGACUUAGGCCAAUGAUUUCCGCCAUCCGUAUAUCAGUCUUACGACGACGCCAAUCAUUUCCUAAUGCGCUCGUCUGCAAAGUGCCGUUCGCCCCUCGAUAGCUAUUGGUGAAUGUGAAUGAAAAAUGUUGGAUCGUGCGCAACACGGGCAGGCUGAAGGAAUGAUGACUAACCAAAGGGCCAAUAGGCAGAGUACAUUUGAGUGUUUGGUUGCUUUGCGAUCGCGUGGAUGCCCCACCCCAUUUGCGCAACUACAUACAUACAUACAUACAUACGUACAUAUAUACAUACAGUUUCACCAGAGAUCUGCGACAACAUGACAGCGACGAGACUCACCUCGGAUGAGCUCAGGCAAAGAGUCAUAUCCAAUACCGGCGAGGAUGGACGCCUCAAGGACAACACGCUGGACUUGGAUGCCCGUACGGUCGCAAUCCUCAGUAAGAGGCACCAGAUCAGCAAAAAUUUCGGCUUCACGUCCAUGUUGAGCUUCUCCACUACGGUGCUUGUAUCCUGGGAAGCUUUCGCCGUAACCUUUCAAGGAGGUUUAGUAAAUGGCGGUCCUUCUACCCUGGUUUAUGGCCUGAUUUUCUCCUUCUUCGGUUCUCUGGCUACUGCGGCAUCACUCGCUGAGAUGGCCUCAAUUUCACCGACUUCAGGAGGUCAGUAUCACUGGGUUGCAUUGUUGGCGCCUCGAAAAUAUGCCAUCAUCUUCAGCUGGUUUGCCGGCUGGAUUACAGCGUUCAUGCGAAUCGCAGUCACAGCAAGCGUCGCUUUCCUAGUGGCUACUAUGAUCCAAGGACUAAUCAUAUUGAACUACCCCGACACAUACGCCCCUAAACAAUGGCACGGGACGCUAAUGUACUGGGCCGUCACGGUUGUCAUCGUGCUGAUCAACAUAUUUGGCAUCCGCUUUCUCCCUCACAUCGAAACACUAGCCCUGAUACUGCACGUGAUCUUCUUCUUCUGCAUCCUCGUACCUCUGGUGCAUCUGGCCCCGCGAAGCUCUAGUGAGUUCGUAUUCAAGUCGUUCGCCAACAAUGGCGGUUGGGAAAGCAAUGGUGUUUCGUGGUGUAUUGGUCUUUUGACAUCAACUUACGCUUUCUCUGGUGUUGAUGGUGCCUCUCACAUGGCCGAAGAAGUAGACAAUGCAGCUGUUGUUGUCCCUCGCACGAUGAUCUGGAGUAUCAUUGUCAGCGGAGUCCUCUGUUUUGGGAUGAGUAUCGCGAUCCUCUUCAGCAUCGGAGAUGUCGCCGCAGCUUUGGAGACCCCAACGCUGUUCCCAAUCAUUGAGAUUUUCUUCAACGCCACCAAGUCUUACCCAGCCACCAAUGCCAUGGUCUCAGCUUUAAUUAUCUCCAUUUUCUUCUCUGCGCUAGGUCUACUAGCCUCGAGCUCUCGACUCAUUUGGGCAUUCGCUCGUGACGAUGGGGUCCCAUUCUCCCGUUACUUCUCCCAUGUCGACACUCAAUUUGGCAUUCCGGUUCGCGCCAUUCUAUGGAGCGCAGUGGUUAUCGCACUCCUAGGUCUGAUUAACCUGGGAUCGACGACGGCGUUCAACGCCAUGGUUUCGCUCGCCUUGCUCGGACAAUACUCGACGUAUGUAAUUCCAACCAUCUUCAUUCUUGCCCGCCGCGUCCAUCCAGGAAAAAACAUCCCAUUUGGUCCGUGGGAAUUGGGCAAGUGGGGCAUCCCGAUCAACAUCUUCACAAUCGUCUUUUCGUUUGUGACGAUUGGAUUCAAUGUUCUCCCACCCUACUUUCCCGUAACCGCCGUAAACAUGAAUUACGCGGGAGUCGUGUUUGGGGCCGCACUCAUCAUCUGCGGCUUGCUUUGGUUUGUUAGGGGAAAACGGCAUUACGCGGGACCGAUUCGGGAGGUCAUGGAGAACGGCAAUGUGAGAUCAGCGCUUUUGAACCGCGAGAGGGAAUCUGCGUAUGGGGUCGAGGUCCAUGAUGCUGAUAAGAGGGCUUAA